AUGUCUCACCCGCAGAAGCUCGCUACCAAAGCCUAUGUCGUUGCCGAGCGAGGUGGGCCAUUUGAGCUCAGAGAUGUGGUGCUUGACGAACUGCAACCAAACGAAGUUCUAGUAGAGAUCGAAUACACCGGGCUGUGUCAUACGGAUCUUGUUGUCCAGCAGGGUGGGAUGCCAAUUGGAGGAUACCCAGUGGUCCUCGGCCAUGAGGGACUCGGAACUGUGCGAGACGUCGGAUCAAGCGUCUCUGACCGGUCCCUGAAGCAAGGAGACACAGUUAUACUCUCAUUUCACACAUGUAGGCAUUGCCGAGGGUGUCUUGGGGAGCGAUAUGGGAGCUGUUCACAAAUGACUGAAACCAACUUUAUCAACCCUGGGCGCAAGGGUCCCGGAGCAAGUUCACCCAUCUCAUUGCCCGAUGGUACACCCGUCUUUGGUCAGUUCUUUGGGCAGUCAUCUCUCGGCAAGAUGGCUGUUGUCUGUGAGAACUCGGUGGUCAAGAUAUCGGCCAAGCCCCAGGACCUGGCCUUCCUGGCUCCCCUCGCAUGUGGCUACCUGACAGGAGCGGGAACAGUCUUGAACGUCCUCCAACCUCGCAACGACAGCAAAGUUGCAGUUCUGGGUAUGGGCGCUGUUGGCCUCGCCGCAAUGUUGGCAGCCAAAGCGGUCGGGGUAAAACAUAUCGUUGCAGUCGAUCUUGUUGACGAAAAACUUCAACUAGCCAAGUCGCUAGGGGCCACGCAUAUCAUCGACACGAGCACAGGGCUGGACCUCAAUACUGCGAUCAGAGAGAAGUUCCCGAAUGGAGUCGACUACAUAAUCGAUACGACAGGGGUGGCCAAACUUCUACAAGCGUCUGUCCAAGCGCUUUCUCACGAGGGAACGCUGGCGCUGGUGGGUGUCCCACCACCAACAGCAACAAUCCAAGUCAACGCGCUGGAUCUAUUGCUGUCAUGCAAACGCAUCGCGGGAGUCAUUGAAGGGUACUCCAAUCCGCAAAAAUUGAUCCCGGAACUGCUCGAAUUAUACUACAGUGGCAAAUUCCCCAUCGACAGAAUUUCUAAAUGCUAUCCUGCGGAGGAUCUAGACAAAGCGAUCCAAGAUCUUAAGCAAGGACGGGUCAUCAAGCCGGUGUUGUCGUGGCAAAAGAUUGGUUGA